CCCAUGAUGCCUGGCUGGAACCGCCCCCAGUAUCCCAUAAUUCUGUUCCAGUAGUCGGAAUUUGACAGUAUGGCAGGUCGUUUUUAUGUAACUACUGUACUACGACUUGGUUGGCAGCCCUUCCAGCAGAGCAUUCGGCAUGGCUCCAAGGCUGUCACUCGGCAUAAGAAGCCAAUGCACUUCCUGCGGCAAAAACUAAUGGCUUUGACUGAGUAUGUUCCACCAAAACCAGCUGUCCCAAAAACCUGUCUUAUUCCCAGAGUCAAAGAAACACAAGAGCCAAGUGGUUUGGAAAAGGUCUUGUUUCGUCGUGUAGUGGACCUGUUUCGUGAUAAUCGGAUGAUUGUUGUAUUUCAAUCCAACUAUCCCAGUUUAGAAGACAUGUUAAUUUUUCAACACCGACUGCACAGACAUGGCAUACAUGUGAAGGUCUUUCCCAACAAGGUGCUCCGCUCUUAUUUGUCUACAUCACCUUACCAGAACUUGCUUCCACUUAUUAGCGGUCAUAAUCUUUUAGUUGUGAGUAAGGAAGCAAAGGUAAAGGAGUUACUGCAAGCUAUGAGAAGCGCCCCACAAAUUAAUUUACUUGGUGCCUGCAUUGAAAAUACCUUGCUUAGUCACCAGGGUGUUGUAAACUACUCUAAGCUUCCUUCUUUGACAGUUGCUCAGGGUCAUGUGAUUGGUAACCUCACAAUGAUGACAUCACAGACCUGCACACUCUUGCGGAGACCCACACAGCAGCUUGUAUUAUUACUGCAGCAGUACUUGAAGCAGCAGGACAGUGAACUGUAGCUGAUGCUUCUGUGUAAAAUAUGACUGCACUUGACCAGAUCUCCUCAACUCCUCACAUCAUACAUCUGAGGCACUUCAUGGCAGCUCAUGAAGCAGCAUAAAGGCAAUAACUUGUUCCAGACCUUGGAAUUGCUUUAUUAUGGUACUACUGCAGAGUAAAUGUUCGAGACAUAUUUCUAGUUACAGUGGUUUUAUCCCCUGCACAUGGCUACUAUUGAAAAGUAGCAUUAUUGCCCCUACAUGUAUUUUUCUUUGUAUUCCCUUGUUGCAGAAGGGAGGAGGCCGUGGCAUUACUGAAGAGAAGCAUUCAUCCUUCAGAAAGAAGAAAGAUAAGAUACUGUUUGUUCACAUGGACUUUGGGCUCUCCAUUGGUGGUUCAGGAGAUAAUCUUGUUUUGAAAUAAGUAGACACUGUUUAGAUUUUUGUGACUAAUGAGGUUGUGCUCUUGCCCAUUUACUGUCCAUUAGAGAUUUUUUUGCCACCACAGAAAGUAGACAGUUAUGUUGCUUAAUGUAUUUGGGUUCUGUAUUGAUGCUGAAUUUACUUGUAGGUCUCUCUUCUUUGCAGUUGAUGAAACUGACAUUUUAUAAAUUGUGGUAAAGCAGCCAAAGUUCUUGGUCAACCUGUUCUUGUACCCAAAAGGUCAAGUUCCUGGUCAUACACGCUUAGCUGGUGGUUCAUUGACAAAGCGGACUGAAUGGGGACAUGUGAUCAAAAGAUCUCAUCAGGCCAGUUUUUUUUUUUUAACAAGUCAACUGCAUAAGGUUGGCCUUCAUUUGUGUAACUACUGCUUUGAUAUACUGCUUCAGUACUCAGUCCGAAUGUGUUUUGGCUUGAAAAAAAUCACAGACUUCUUUUAUUCAUUUGUGGUUUGGACUUUUUGCCCUGGCUGCAUGCUAAUCAUUAAAUCCUCUUUGUAUAACUGAUCCAUCCCUUCCCUCAUCACCAAGUAUGAGACAAAUUGACAGGGCCAUCCUUAAGGCAGCUAUCUGGGUGGCUAGAGAGUUUUUCCUCUAUGAAGCCUUAGACCCCUCCAUAUGUUUGGCUAAGCAGGGGAAAGUCAUACAGUCAGCUGAUCUUGCUAGUCAUCCCUUACUUCCACAAGGGGUGUUGCGGACAUGCAACCUCACCCACCAACCCUGUGGUGUGGGAGGUAGUUUCCAUGGUCUUCACCUGAGAAAUUGCACUUUAUGCUCCUUGAGUACCCACAACCCUCUUCCCAGGAGAGAUGAGCAAGCCACGCUCCUUUAUUCCUCUCCCUUUUUGCCUGGCUCUUCCAGUGCCAAAUCCACUAAUCAAACCCCAGCCAUCUGAGUCACAGUCAGGGCUCCAUCCCUGUGUGCCAUGAACCCAGGCUUAUUCCCUGACCUGUUUUAUAUUUGAUAACCUACCAUCUACAUGCAUAAGCUCAUUGUUUCCUGAUGAACCAGCUGCCUGGAGGCCUUCAUAUUACUUUACUAUGCUUUAAUAUCAUUAUUGCUUUGUAGCCAGUGUCUGGUCCAUUUGUAAUCUUGAGUAAUUUUUGGAGGACCGUUUUCAGGUUUGCUCUGAUGUGUAGUGCUGUGAGAUUGCAGAUGGCUUGGGUGUUAAUUAGUGUUUUUCAGAAAAGCUGUGUACAGUUAUUGGCAUCGUGAAGUUUUGAUUUUUUUUAUCAUUUAUUUUGUGAAUUUGCUGAUUCAUUUGCACUGCUGUACUCCACCUAUAUUUCAACAACAGAAAAUAAAAUAUGGUUUAAAUUUGUUCCAAACAUCUUUACCACGUUUUGUAAGGGUAGAUGGCAUUAUUCAUUUGGUAUGUACUCUAUUGCAUUAUAAAUCUGCUGUUUGAAAUAAAAACUAAUUUUGUAAAGUG